GGCAAAGCCGGACCACAAGACCACCAGGUGGAGAUUCUGACCUCCACCAAUGACCAGCAUCAUCAUCUCCUCAGCUGCCACCAUGUCCCCACGAAAGCGCCCCCUGGUGCCCGUGAGCAGCCGGCGCAAAGCGGCCGACGACUACUUCCCUUUCAACUUCCUGCCGGUGGAGUGCCAGCUGCACGUCCUGUCCUUCCUGAACGAGGUGGACAAGUGCAGCUGCGCUCUGGUCUGCCUGAGCUGGAGCUGCCUGGUCCGCUCCUGGAAGCUGUGGAGGGUAGCGGACUACUCCCGCCGCGGGGUCUUCCACCUGGGUCAGGAGGGGCUGCUGGUUUCCAACCGCGAGUUCGAGAGGUGGAAAGCUUGGGUGCACCAUUACACCCACCACCUCAUCUCCCGCCGGGCCAGCCUGCUCACGCUGAAGGCCAGCUUCGACCUCGGGGAUCGCUUCAACAAGUGGAGCGAGCUGCUGAGCCACCUGCUGAACACUGUCCACUGCAGAGACCUCAGCCACCUGGAUCUGAACUGGACCUUCACUCUGCUGGAGCCGCUGGACCUCAAGGUCCACUCCAGCUCCAGCUCCCACCAGGACAGCAUCACCAAGAUGGACCAGGUGACCAGUUUCCAGGAGCUGCUCACCGAGCUCACUCAGAGCUGCCCACGCAUCGCCAAGAUGCGGAUCCACUUCGACUGGUCGGACGUGUCCGUGUCGCUGCUCACCCAGUUCCAGCAGCUGCGAGUCCUGGAGCUCAAAUACUUCUGGGUGUUCAAAGGAGUGACUCCCUCCACGCUGCAGACCUUGACCAACUCCCUGCCCAACCUGAAGUCUCUGACGCUACACAUCCUGGUGCCGCUGAGGAAUCUGGGCAUCUCGUACACUCUGGAGUCUCCGUCUCUGGAGUUCCUGGACGUGUCUCCCAGCCGAGGCUUAGUCUUCUCCUGCCUGAAGCUGCCCGUCCUGCGAGAGCUUCGUGCCAAGAAGAUCGUCCGUGGUAUCACGCUGGACCGGAGGACCCGGCUGAGGAUUCAGCACCGCUGGCCGUGCCUGUACCACGUCCUCCGGGAGGGGACGCCGAAGCUCCAGGCCCUGAACAAUGAGAGGCUGCUUCCCACGUGGAGAGAGGAGAGCUACGGGGAGCUGUCGGCCAUCCUGGAACAGUCCUGCUACUGCGUUCAGCAUCUAGACAGCUGGCUGUGGUAGUGACCUGCACGAGCUGGCAGAUUCCAGAAGAAAGCAAUAUACGAUUCUCACACGUCGUUUUUAUUUCUGUCUGAAGGAACUGAACAUGGGCUCAGAGGAACACAUUCAUGCACAUGUGGCUGCAGAUAGAACUCAGACUUGAAUUAUAAUCAAACGACUGCAAGUUGUUUCCAAAACAAAGAGCUGCUGCUACUUUGGAAACACUUUUAUUAAACAUUGACAAGACGAUGAUGAGCAGCAUCUCUCUUAUUUUAACUCUGUUGGUCGAGUAUUUCCAAAAAAAGCAAAGGUGCUUCGUGCUGAUUUCACCGGCUCGUGUUGGUCUGGAUUCAUUUUCACUGCUGGAAAAGUGACAUCGAUGACCUCUUGACCUGACGUGUGCAUGGCCCGUGUAUCAUCAAAAGACUGCUGGCUUCUCCAUGUUGUGGAUAAAUGCCUUUACACUAAAGCUGCUUUCAGACUCUGCAAAAUAUUCCAACAUUUGUCUUUCCCAUGUGAAGCAGCAGCAGCAGGUUGUCGGGUCCGACUCGUUCACAACAACAGGAACAUGUGGGAGCAUUCAGGCGAGGGGCGGAGCCUGUAGAGCAGCAGGAGGCCGGACAUGACGCAUAAACUCUGCUGUGGAAAGAUCAGUGUUGUUGUUUACAGCUCCUCCACAUCGGCAUCAGCCUCAUCACCAAAAGAUCUGGAAUCUCCGGACAUAUUUGUGUUAUUUCAGUUUCACGUCCGUCAUCUACUCGGCCCACUGUUCCUUCUCUGGACAUUUUCCUGAGGUGUUCUCAGAUUCACUCCAGAAAAGUUCCAGAUCAACAGACUCAGACUCUUGGGUUCUCUCAUUACAGCUCUGAAAGAAGCUUGAGUGGAAACUGACAGUGCUCUGGGGCUGAGGGACUGUUCGACUCUUUAGAGUAAAGGCAAAAUAUUUAAAGAUUUUUAUUUUAUUUUAUUUUAAAUCAGUGUUCAGUCAAACUUGUCAUGUCAGGAAUUAAAUCACUUCAAGUUUCUUGAGAAGAAGCUCAGUGCGUCAGGAAUAAAGUCCUGAAUCAUUUCAAGAAAAUUUCAUAACAGUUGGGGAAUUAAAAUAUCACAACUUUAUA